AUGGCAGGCUGGGGUGAGGCGGGGGAAGGGGACGGGCCGUAUCUCUGCGAGCGGCUGGAGUCAUUCUGCUGUCGCCAUGGUUACGACGCAGUGGUGCUGCUGCUGUCUGUGUCUGAUGCAGUGUGCCACAGCCGCCAGCAGGUGGCAGUGUACGCCCGGAGCACACAGCUGCUCAGCCAGCUGUGUGUUGAGUUGGAGGAGUCGUCCAGCUGGUCUCUCUCCGGGGAACUCGACGCAAAGAAGAAAUUUCAGGUGUACCACAUCCCGGUGAACACCAUCUUCCCCGGCACGCCUCCGUGUCUGGAGCAGGAGAUCCGCUGUCUUCUGCAGGACUUUGUGGAUACGCGCACCUCCGUCCUCACCUGCGAGCCCAGCAGCCGCACCUCCUCCACAGAGGGAGUGGCCGGCAGCAUGGACUUCUCCCAGAGCUCCUCUGGAAUCACAGACAUGGAUCCAGCAGAGGAACGAGCGGAGGCCGAGGGAGGAGAGGAGCCAGUGGAGAACAGGGCUCUGGGCGGAGUUUCAGAUGGACCUGACGGAGCAGAGGCCGCGGAGCUGGUGAGCCCGGACAGUGGACUUACCACUCUCCGCAGCAGUCGCUCUUCCAAAGAAAGCUCCGUGUUCCUGAGCGACGAGAGCCCAAUGGCAGACCUCCUGACAGGCACAGCACCCACACAGCUCCUGCGACACUCCUCCCCUCUGGGCCUGCUCUCUCUGUCGCCCCCUGUUCCCCCGGAGAGGAGGAGGAACCGUGCACGAAACAAAACAGACGUGGAUCUGUGCAGCUUUGAUCCUCUGCACAGUGGGACUUCCAACACAGACACCGAUCAUGCAGGGCAUCCCAGUAGCUCGGAAAUGGAAGAACUCAGCUUGGUGGACUUUUCCGCUCACACCUCUGUUAGCGGCCUGGACAGUCGAAACUCUUCCAUCGACUUCCACGUCCAAACCGUGGUUCCUCCGACUCCUGUCAACAGUCUCGUCGGCAGCCGGCCUCCCAGUAGCUGUGGCGUUCGUUUUUUCCCAGAAGACGUCAUCGAAAGAAUCAACGGGUUGCAGCAUAAAGACAGCGUUUCUUCGUCUCUCUCCGAAACCUGGGACGAGUUCAGUUUUGACACACAGGGGGCGCUGUCCUCAAGUGACAACAGUUCUUGGAAUGUCGCAAAAACGUGUGAAAGUCCGCAGAAUGUUCCCGUAGAAGCUAUGAAAACCACUGAAUCAAACGACGACGACGUCUCAAAAUCAUUGAAAGUUCUCGAGCCUCAGCUUAGUCUAAUCCUGGAACAGACAGAUACGCACCGCAAUUGGAACCCAGAUCACGUUAUUGACGAUAAAUGGAUUUCUGUAACUUUGAACAAUUUGCAGCUCACUCCGCCUGAGGAGGAGGAGCUGGUGGUGAAGCGCAAAACUGGAAUUAUCGCACCCAAAGACAAGAAAGUAAAGAAGAAAGAGCUAUUACAAACUUUAACGCCAGAUACGUCUAAGGAGGAUGAGGAAGAGGGCAAAAAGAAUGGGAAAAAUAAAAUGGAGCUUUUGGAUUUCUGGACUUAUUCUGAACAAAAAGGUUUUCUAAAAUCAGACAGUGCAACAACGACGUCGUACCCGGAAUCACUGGAUAUGUGGAAUAUGACGAUACAAGAUGACAGCCUCAACACGCCAGACUGCUUGUGGGAAAACUCGGUAGCAUCAAUCUGUGGAGACAGCAAUAAUGGAUCAAUGGAGAGCCCUCUUGAGGUGGACAAUGAAAUGGCGAUGUGGAACACUACUAUAAGAGAAGACAGUUCGUCCACAAUUGCAAGUCCGGAAGGGAAAGACAUGAAUCAAGUCGCAUCUUUGGAAACUUCUCCUGUUGCAGAGGAGAGCAAAGAUCUCGGAAAUGUGCAGAGCAGUGAAGUUAGUGUAAAAAUAGUUAUAGAAAAUGCUGAUCAGGAAACAGACUGUGCUAUGGAUGAGGAAAACCAGGUUAGUGAGCCCUGGGACCUGCCUGUGCCGGGAAUGGCCGUGUCAACUUCGGAAUACGACAAUAUCGGAGGAGGAGCGGCCACAUGGAGUCUGAGUUCUUCACCAGAUUCGAGUCUUGCCGUAGAUUUGAUUCAGCUAGAAGCGCAGUCGAGUCCGUUUGUGGGGGUCACCCAAACACAGGGCAGCGAAACAACAGCACAGAAAGACCAUGUGUUUACGUACGAAGGGCUUAAAGAAUCAGAAAAUGAACAUAAAGUGAAGAAGGAUAGUGAAACCUCAAAGCAGUCGGACAGUCAUUCUCCGUUUAUGCUUGUGGAGGUGAAUCAGAAGUUGGACCAGUCUCCAUCAGCAAAUCUUUUCCACUGGGGUGAGCUGAUAUCCGAAACACAACAAACAAAAACAUCAAAAGACGAAUUAGAUCAAGGUCUGGGCAUUGAAACAGUGGGUUUGCUUGGUGAAAGGGAAGGACUCAAACUGAGCCCAGACAGCUUACACACAGGCAGCAGGGACGAACUCCGCUCCUCUGAUGGAGAUUCGUCAUCCGGCCUCGAAAUGGAAAGCAUCAUCGUAUCUGGAACGGUGAAAGAAGCGGAAAGGGUGCGACCGGUGGCAAAGGAGGUGAAGAAAUCCAUGGAAACGUUCAGCAUGUUGUCCUACGCAGCAAGUAUUCUGCAAGCUCAGGCCGCCCACAACCGCAAAGAAAGAUUAGAGCAAAGUGUUCCCAUUCAUCAUGUCCAAAUCAUCAGUCCAAGCCAGUCGGAAUCAUUGAAUAAGUUAGAAUUGUCUCAAGAUGACGACAGGCAAACGGUUCCACCAAGAAGUACCUCUCCUUCCUUGAGGUACCCGUCUGAUCACUUUCUAAAGACGAGAGAAGAGGUGUACGUGCAUUCGCAGAUCUCAAUGGAGGAUUCCGAUGAGGGCGGGCAGUCUCCGUUGGGUGACUUGCAGAUUUGGAGCGAGGAUGCGGAGAAGCAGGGCACCCAAGGGAGACUGCAUACCCCCACCCAAGGGACCCCACAGAGCCACAGCCUAGGCAGCUCUGAGCUGGCCUCCCCCGUGGUCACAGAGAGCUCGGUUUCUCGUAGCAGCUCGUACACAGACUCGUCUCUGAGUGAAAGUGCGCCCCCUGCAGAUGAAGGCAAGGGUUUAGCUCUGCCCUUCUCUGGAGAUCUGAUGGAAGAAGACGAAGAGGUGGAGGAGGAGAGCAAGGACCAAACAGCUGGUCAAACACAACUUACAAGUCACGAGGAUGUCCCGCUCACAGCCGAUGAACCAUUCCAGUGGGCAGGUGCAGACAGCGCCCCCUGUGCUCAGACGCAGUAUGGCUACAACUACCACCACAUCGACCAGAGGACAAUGCACUCCAGCUGUGGCCCUAAAGACAGUCGUGUGGAGCAGGGGGGAGAGGUGUACGCAGAGUUCACAUGUGAGGCCAGCGCCGACGCACUCAGUCAACAAAGAGUGGUGCGCAGAGGCAGCGCAGCACACAGCUCUGGACUUCACCCAGGACAGAGCGGGUGUGAAGACCAACACCACCAUGAAGAGCAGCCAGGCCGAGGGGACCACGCCCGAUAUGUGUCGGACACUUAUGUGCACUUCCUCCUCUCCAGGGAAAAGCAGCAGGAGGACGGAGACGACAUGGGCUCACGCGGAGAGCCAGAGGAGCUGGGCAACAGGGAAGAGCCGGUGUCUUCAGCCGACGGGUCUGCGGCCUCGGCUCAGAGGAGAAAGCUGCCGGCUCCUGCUCUGAACGUGUCCCUGGACCACAGCGAGGGGUCUCUGCUGUCCGACACCGGAGACGAGACUGGAGAUGAGACCGGAGACGAACUGGACUUGAACAUGGACGACAUGGACACCCCUGACGAGGCUGACUCUGUGGACUUUGAGGAAACAAACGAGUGUGAGGAGGCGUCUGCUGCCGUGUCUGCCCCAGGGCAGGGCAGAGAGAGUCGGCUGUGGAGGAGUGUGUUGAUUGGAGAGCAGGAGCAUCGCAUCGACAUGAAGAGCAUCGAGCCGUACAAGCGAGUCAUCUCCCACGGAGGUUACUACGAAGAACAACACGCCAUCAUCGUGUUCGCCGCCUGCUUCCUCCCCGACAGCGACUGCGACAACUACAACUAUGUGAUGGAGAACCUGUUCCUGUAUGUGAUCAGCACUCUGGAGCUCAUGGUGGCGGAGGAUUACAUGAUCGUGUAUCUGAACGGAGCCACGCCGCGCAGACGCACCCCCGGCUUCUCCUGGAUGAAGAAGUGCUACCACAUGAUCGACAGAAGACUGAAGAAGAACCUGAAGAUGUUCAUCAUCGUUCAUCCGUCCUUCUUCAUCCGGACGCUGCUGGGAGUCACGCGGCCGUUCAUCAGCUCCAAGUUCAGCAGUAAGAUCCGGUACGUGCACAGCCUGCAGGAGCUGGGACACAUCAUCCCCAUGGAGUACGUGCACAUCCCGCCCAGCAUCAUCAGGUUUGACGAUGACAGAGGAGCAGGUUCCAGACUGGAUGCAGAGUUGCAGGAAACCACAUGCAAAUCGGACAGAAAGAGGAGCUCUGCCAUAGCAGCCGUUAGCCCCAGUAACAGGUGGACUCUGUCCCGCGGGAGACAAGGUCGUGUGGGUCCAGAGCAACAUCUCCUCUCCACUGAGCUGACUGGGCUACACUUCCGGGACUCUUUCUCCUCGAGUUGGACCGGACCUGGGGCUGGCAUGAAGAGCCUGCCGUACUUCUGCCGCGGGGAGGUGGUGCGAGGCUUCGGCAGAGGGAGCAAAGAGCUGGGCAUCCCCACCGCGAACUUCCCGGACGGUGUGGUGGAGCACCUGCCCGCAGACAUCAGCACCGGCAUCUACUACGGCUGGGCCUGUGUGGGCAGCGGCGACGUGCACAAGAUGGUCAUGAGCAUCGGCUGGAACCCCUACUACAACAACACUAAGAAGUCUAUGGAGACUCACGUGAUACACACUUUCAAAGAAGACUUCUACGGAGAGGUGCUGAGUGUGGUGCUGGUGGGCUACAUCCGACCAGAGACAAGCUUUGACUCUUUAGAGGCGCUGAUCUCGGCCAUAAACGGAGACAUCGAAGAGGCCAAAGCCAAACUGGAUAAACCCGAACACCUCAAACUCAAAACGGACAACUUCUUCAGCAGCAGCAGCAGCGCCACCCUCUGUCUGAACGGCGCCACUACAGCCUCCAACGGCCACAUCAACGGACACUGA